AUGAUAAUAGCUGCAAAUUGGAUUAUAGAGUCACCAGUAACAUUGGCUGAGGCGUUUACAGAUGUUACGGAAACUUCAGCCGUCCAGUGGUUUGAGUAUUGUCGUGAUAUAUGUGCAAAUAAAAUAACACGCCUACGCAAAUCAUUUGGAGGAUUCGGAAAUAUAGUGGAACUAGAUGAAACAGUAGUGAGAAAGCAAAAAUACAACAAGGGACGUUGUAUCAAGGAAGAUUGG